CGGCGAGUAGACGAGAAGUUGUGUUGUGUUGAGUUGUGUUGAGUUGAGUUGAAGAAAGAAAUCGCAAGAGCAAGGCCGUCCGCGCUUAAUAUAUCGUGCUCUCUGAUCCAAGCCCAACGAAUUUAUUUAUUUUUCGAGAAAAAUUCCCAGAAAAUAAAAAAUAAAAUAAAAUAAAACCGAACGGGAAGCCGCAAAGUAAAAUUCAAAAUUCAAAAUUCGAAAUAAUAAAAUAAUCAAUAGACAAUAAUGGUGAGACUUAUUAAGGGCAUCCCUGUCGAGUUCCAGCAGGCGGGCUCCACUGCAAACCGAACGGAGGGAGACGAACGACGUCAGUCUCUUACGCUAGCGUUGCGCUCGUCCUGGGGCCGGUGGGCUGCCAUAUGGCCUCUCCCCAAACGGCAAUCCCAGGGAACUUUUCGAGAACUUCUUCCCGUCCUUCAUUCGUGCUUCUCCCGCUUCACCGCCGAAGGAAGGCCGUCUUUUUUGCCUCCCCCUUUUCGCGUCCCACUGAUCAUUUCCCGAGGUCCUGAAAGAGGCCAUCGGAUAUCCAAAACAGAGCCCACAGGGCAAAUCAGAGCGAUCAGGGGGGUGCCCACGGCCCACCGGACCUGUUGAUGACCUACCUCUUUUUCUGCGUGGUUCUUUCAGCUUCUGCCUGGUUUGCACCAAAGGAGCCGUA